GAAAAGUGUGUCGCAAGAGAUGGUUGUUGGGUGCUGUUAAUUUGUUGUGGGUUCAUUGUUGUAAAUAUUUCUUCUUGUUUUGUGCUAAUUAUUGGUUCUACAUCACGUAUUUAAUAAUUUGUUGGGAAGUUGAGGUCGACUGAUAAAUCUGCUGCGCAGUGUUACCUAACCUCAUUUUAUAAAUUAUACAAAUUAUCUGCUCUCGGUUGUGCUAUUGAUAUUUGUAAAGAAAAUGGCACAGUGGGUAGGAUACAUGGUCUCAAUUAAGUGCGCCGAUGAUACCGCUUAUCAAGGUGAAAUUAGCGCAGCUACGACUUCUCAGAUUGCUCUAACUAAGGCUUUCUGCAACGGCAUUCCCUGUCCUUCGAACGAAGUGACCAUUAGGGCAAACGAAAUCGAAGAGUUGAAAUUAAUUGACAAGCACUUAAGCUCACCUCCACAGAGAAGCACAAUAACCAUCGCCAAGCCAAUCGCGAAGCGCGCUGGACGAACGCAGAGCACCUCAGAUGUCGCCAAUGCAGCAUCCAAACAUACAAAUUUAAACGGAUCUCACAGCAAAUCAAAACCCAUUGAUAUCGAACCCAAAACCACGAACUAUAGUUUUAACGAAUCCAGUUCAUUCAAAAACGGAACCCCAGUCAGGCGAGAAAAGUCAAAAGGCAAGUGGUCCAAAGGCUGGAAGGACGAGGAGUGUUUCGGCUCGCCUUUGGACCACAAAAUCAACAAAGACUUCGAUUUUGAGAAAAAUUUGGCGCUUUUUGAUAAACAAGCCAUCUGGGACGAGAUUAACAACUCCCAGAAACCGGACGUUAUUAAGAAUGCCGACAGCAAGAAGCCGGCGAAAUACAGGCAUGAUGAAAAUGUUAUUGCAAGCACUCCAGCAUCGUAUAGGCAGAUAAUAGUGCCUAAGCAAGACUUUUGCGAGUAUGUGACGGAUGAUGGGCUGAUUAUACCGAGCAUUUCGAGGUCUUUGCGAAAGAAACUGUGGGAAGUGGCUGAUAGAGUGGGGCUCACGUGGGAUAAGAGGGUGGAGCUGUUUGGGAGGGCAGCUGCCGAAAUUUCGGUACAGUUAUUGGGGGGCGGGCAUAGGUUGAAUCCUCACAACUCGCACCAGUUUCCCACUGUUGUAGUGCUGUGUGGGCCGCACAAGCAGGGGGCGAUGGGCAUCAACGCCGCGCGCCAACUGGCCAGCCACGGCGUGCACACCAUCGUCUACGUGGUCUCCUCGGAGGUGGCGGUGAUAAAAAAAGAGCUGGCGCUCUACGUCCUCACCAAAAACCCGGUAAUCUAUUCGGUGACGAAUCUCCCGAAUUUCGCCGAUUUGAUAAUAGUUGCGUUAUGCGAGGACACGGAAAGUCCAAAGAGUUAUCCCGAUUUGUGCGAUUGGGCUACUAGAAAUAGAGCGUCAAUUUUAGCUUUAGAUCCCCCUUCUGUUGGUAUACCUGGCAUAGCCCCCAAGUUUUCCUUACUCCCAGUUUUACCUCUCCCUCAUUCUUCCAAAAAUGGAAAGUUGUACUUGUGCAACCUGGGAUUCCCCCUCGAAAUAUUCAACGAGGUGGGGAUCAAGUAUAAGUCGCCCUUUGGCCCCAAAUUUGUCAUACCUUUGCAUCCAAAGGAUGACUAGGAAUUGGUACAACAGCAAAGCUAUUUUAUUCUUUUGACACAUUUCUUACGUGAACGCAGAUUUGGAAGUAAUUAGGGUUUUUACUUAAUGACAUGUCCAGUGUGAUUUUUUGAAAAUUUUCAAGACAUUCCAAGUUGUCUCAAAAUACCAGUUGCAUAUUUUUUUAUUACAUCAUGUAUGUUGCCAUCUUUAUCAUACACUUUAAUUAUUCGGUUUUAUGGAGAAUUUUAUUUAAAUUGUGAUGAAAAUUCAAUCGAUAAGAAACGUGAUAAGAUAUUGUUUUGAAUCCAACUUUUUUUCAGUCAACAAAUUCAUUAACAGCCAUUAUUUUUGAUUAAUUUUGUUUGUAACGUUACAAAGCGAAAUAAAAGUGCAUUUUCCAA